AUGGUAUCAAGCCCUGAAUGGCUGGACAUCAUCAUGAACUGCCCUGAGCAUAAAGAGGACCACGAGUAUGAAGACUUUUUUAGUACAGAUCUAUUCGUGAAUCGCAAUUAUGCAACGCAGGAAUUUGAUUUUGGUGUGACAAAGCAAAAGCUCCAGUCCUCCCAUGCUGCUUCCACUGACCACGACCUCACGGGACAAAUCAUAUGGCCAGUCUCAGCAUUCCUGGCCUGGUAUCUCGUUGCUCACCGUGAGGAACUUGCUACCAAAACGGUAGUGGAACUGGGUGCUGGAGCAGGGCUCAGUGGACUCAUUGCCUCUCAGUUCGCAGCUCAUACUGCCUUGACAGACGGCAAUGAUAUUGUGCUGGAGUUGCUGGAAGAAAACGUACACACCAACGCCGGCUCGAGCAAAGUGCAGGUGCUGCCGCUCCUUUGGGGUGACUACGAGAGCGUAAAAGCUUUUGAGGAAGCGUUCCCACAUCCUGUAGAUGUACUCAUUGGCGCCGACGUCGUGUGCUGGCCCAUUCUCGUUAAGCCGAUUCUGCAGACAAUCAAGUAUCUGUUGCUGCGCUCGCGCGAUCCACUGAAAACCAAGUUCUGCUGCGGCUUUGUGUGCCGCGCACAGUCCACGGAAGACCUUCUUUUCAACGAGGCCGUGGCGUUUGGCUUUCGCUUUGAGCGUGUCCAAGACGACGUUUUCCUCCCUACACCGCGGCCCCUAGAAGUGACCUCACACCUUAAACUACAGCUGAUUGUGUUCACGCUGGAUCCCCAAGCGUCCAAUUGGAACGAGCCUGUGGAAUUUGCGGGCGCUGAAUUGAAAAAUCUGCAGACAGCUUGCUAG